AAUAAAUAGAAAAUAGUUCAAAAUAAUUGACCAAUCAGAUUGAAUUGAGGACAAGCUCAUUGGUUGUUGGAAACAGGAGUACCAACUUUUGAUGGAUCAAUACACAAUGAAAGAUUAGAAUUGAAGACCUCUUUUUACGUUACAUCAGAUUUUGGAGUUAGUAGACGUAACUUGAUUAUAGUAGUGCAAUGUUUCCAUGUGAUUGUUAAUAAUUUAAAUUAUAGUGUUAGUCAUACGUUACGUUGAAAAAUUUCAUAAAGAUGAAGUUGUGGACGUCGCAUCAUACUUUUGAUCAUCCAUGGGAAACAGUUGUGAAAGCAGCAUGCAGAAAGUAUCCAAAUCCUUUAAAUCCUCAUGUUUUGGGAACAGAUGUCAUCGACAGAAAAGUCAAAGAUGGUGUCCUUUUUUCUCACAGAUUGGUCAGUUCCCAAUGGCGUUUUCCUAAAUGGUUGACACAGAUAAGCUUGGGGAAGCACGUCUCGGUCGAUGAGGUAGUCACGUAUGCACCACAUCCAGAGAAUCCGGAGACUACGCUUUUGUCGCAGCAAGCGGUAAUUUCUAUCCAAGGGGUGCCACUCAUUGACCAUUUAGAGAGGUUAUUGACGAUGAGGAUAGACCAGAACGCGAAAAAGGGACGACAAGCAGUGGAAUGGGUCAUUGAGAAAUUUCAGUCGGAAAUGAAAGAUAUGACAGACGACUUGUUUAGUUAUACGAAACAGGGGAUGGAAGAUCUUCAGAACGUUGCCAAAAAGUCAUUCGAUGAGUUUCAGAAUUUGACAGUGCCGCCCCCGUCACAGUCGAUACCAAAGUUAUAGCUAAUAUUUCACGUUAGCUUCGAUCUCUUUAACUAACGCUAUGUAGAUCUUCGAUGGAACGAUUGUAAGUGAAAUAAAAUGUUUCGAUUUGAAACAAUUCUCUUCGUUAUGGUUUCUGCGUUUCCAAAAGUAUACACGGGGAGAACACAGAAUUGAGGAAUUUCUAUAUUACUGCCUAAUCACCGUACAGCCCAUAAGACUAAUCGAUGAGUUGAUCUCUUAAACCAUCAUUAGUUAGCUGAUUAUUUUAGCAAACGCGUAAGAAACGAAUUAUUGAAAUGAAUCUUUCAUACGAAUAUCUAAUAUAUUCUUUAAAGCGUAGAAAGAGACUGA